AGACUUCAGUGGCUUGUCUGCCAACUGCAGUCACCAGUUUGGUGAUCAGGAGUAGGAAGGCAAAAUACAAUUUUAAGUCUAUUGACAAUUUCUCCCUUCCAGGCUCCACGGAAAAGAUCAUAUGAACUAACUCUCAGCCCAGCAGUGGUUUCUUGAAAAGGUGGAGACCUGUACUGGAGUGUGUUAUUUUUCUGUACGGAAAGCCUUGUGAAGGAAGACAGAGGAGGAAUGCAGCGUUCCUUGCUGUGCCAAGGCCCCGUGUUAAUCACCAGUGACAAGAAAAAGAAUAAAAGACAUCUAUCCUUAUUUAAUGAUGUCUUGGUUGUGUCUAGUAAUCUGAAUAAGAAGAAGUUUAAAAUAAAACGUAUCAUUCCACUAAAUUACCUAUGUGUCAUGGAUGCUGUGGACCUUGUUAGGAGUAAUGAAAACUGUAGUUCCAAGACCCUUUUCCUGUUUUGGGCCACUGGAAAUUUUGUGUUGACCUUUCGUUCAAAAGAACAGAAAGACCAGUGGUUCUAUUUUCUCAAAAGAUCCAUUAAAGUAGCCAAGAACGGUAUCAAGACAAAUUUUUCUCUGAAGAUAUUCACUGAGGACAUCCCAAGCUGUGAUAGUCCUUUAUGUGUAACAGCAACAAACAUCAGUACAGUGAAUGAUAUAAUUGAGAAGUUACGACCAAUGAUAAGAGUGACUAACAUUGAAGAUUACCAACUGUGGUUCUGUCCUGGCCACAAGGAAGCUCCAAGAGCACUCCAAGGCUAUGAAUAUAUACAUGAUAUUAUGAUGAACAACCUUCAAAAAAACUUCAGUAGUUUAAACUCAAGAAUUUUCACUGCUUUUCCCCCAUUGCCUGGGCUUCUUGUGAACGACCUGUACUCGGAUUCACAGGGACAAUUCAUCUUAAAGCCCAUUGACUCAGCAAGGAUCCAACAGCCAAAUGCAAUGGAAAGACCUGAUAAGAAAGAAAGACCUCCUCGUAUAACAUCGUGUUUCCAUAGGGGCUCUGUGCCCCAACAGGACCAAGGGUGCACUGUCCCUAGAGUUAAUAAGAGUGGAAAACUCUUUGGAAAAGAGCUCAGUUCCAUUUGUCAUGCUGGCAAAGUGCCCACAGCAAUUCUGGACAUCCUGUCCCUCAUAAAUGAAAAAGGGCCCACAACCGAGGGCAUAUUUAUCAUAUCUCCCAAUGAGACAACAUGCAAAACUUUAAAGGAAAAGAUGGAUUCUGGGGAAGAGGUGGAUAUAAAACAUCAAUCAGUACAUGUGGUUGCAUGGAUCCUAAAGGAGUUUCUGCGGUCCAUCAAAGGAACUCUGCUGACUCCUCAGUUUUACGACCAGUGGCUUGCUGUUAUCCAAAUGGCCACUGAACAAGAGAAAGUAGCAGCAAUGCAGAGUCUUUUAGAAAAACUGCCACAACCAAAUGCUGCUCUUCUGCGACAAGUUUUUAGAAUAUUGCAUAAAAUUGCAAAAAACUCUUCUGUUAACCAAAUGUCACCUUACCAUCUAUCAGGUGCGAUAGCACCAUAUAUCUUAUGCCUUCCUAGCUACCCCAGUGAUGUCCUGGAUAAUGAUAUUGCCAAAAAGAUUUCUCUGGUAAUGUUUAUGAUCGAAAACUCCCCCCAAAUUUUCGGAGUUGACUUGGUUGUAGUUUGGUACGAAACUUCAUUUCUAUAUCCAUAUGAGGCAAAGGCUUCAUGUUCACCAACUCCUCCAUCUGAUGACGGGAACAGGAAGGAAGUGGAAAAUGAACUGAACAGCUACCCUAGUGCCAAGAUAUGCAGCCCUCGCCACAGUUCACUGAUGAAAAGUCGAUCUUUCCCUAUUCUGUAUGAUGGCAUUGUAGAAACAGAUAAACGAGAAGGCAACGUGUAUACAACCCAACAAGCACCUUCUCCAGCACCAAUAAAAGAACAAGAACUUAGUGAAUUACCACACAUUGUUUGCUUGCAAAGAAUGCUGCCUUCUCCUUUACUUGAUAUGUUGUCAAUAAUUGCAGAAAAGGGGCAAGAUUCUGAUCAAAUAUUCAGCUAUGUACCAAACAAAUCACACUGGUCCCUGAAGGACAGAAUUUACCAUGAAGAACUGAUUAAUUGGAAUGAGGAAUCUGUGCUCACCAUAGCUUCGGUUUUAAGGGAGUUAAUUGGAAAUAUAAAAGGAAGCUUAAUUCCUUCAGACUUAUAUGAAGAUUGGAUUAGUGUUCCUGAUCAGGACUCUCUGCUUGGAAAAAUUGCCGCUAUACAAAGUAUUCUACUGAAGAUGCCACAACGAAACUUCCUCUUGCUGAAACGUCUUAUCCAUGUGUUACUAAAAAUCAAAACUUCUUCUCAGAAUGAUCUAGAUUCCUACAUUUUAUCUGUCCGCAUAGCUCCUAAUGUGCUGAUAAAUCCAAAUUACAAAUACUCAUUGUAUAAUAGUGACCUCUCAAAAAAGUUUACUAUUAUACAAAUCAUGAUUGACAACUAUUUCGAAAUAUUUGGAAACAAUGAGAGUACAAUUUGUAAAGAAAAUCAAAAGAGUUCUGAUGACCUAAAGAUGUCACUAAAUACUGCUGGGGACUGUGGAACAAUUUCAACAUAUGACAUUCCACAACAGAAACUUCUUCAGGACUGAAGAAGAUUCCAAUCAUUUUAUUUCAGUGUUCCCUUCUACCUCCAAAUUUAGCAUAGGAGAAGUGGUUAUUAAAAAUAAAGCCUCUUCAGUUUU